CAAAACGUUUCAUUGGCUUCCAAGAUGUCAACAGUCUGGUCGAAACAAAGCCGGGGAAAAAAGUCUUCAAAAUCAAAAGUGAAAGAAAGGCAAACAAAUUGUAUCAUUGGCUACAACGUGUAAACAAUCUCGUCGGAACGUUGUCAGGGAAAAACCCGUGGAAUCCGAGAGGAAGAAAAAGGGCAAUCGACAGCCAAAGAUUCUACUCUGUGCAAAGCCUUCACGGUGUCGCGGAGAAGAGGACACGCGUUCAAACAAAAAAGAAGGAUAUAGACGCCUCAUUCGUCACACAGUUUUAAGGGACUCGAGAUCUUUUCAUUAAGGCAAAAAGACGCAUCAUGGGAAACCUAAUUGGCAAUAAAAGUAUGGCUUCUGAUUUUGCAGGAAAAUUCAGAAUAAAUGUAAAAAAAAUCACAGCUCCUGUUCUUGGAGAUGAGAUCAUGAAAGUGAAAAAUAAGCUGUAUCUUAAUGAUCACGACCAGACUACUAUAAAGUUCUUAAAAGCUGCUAUCAAUUUCCUACCAAUGGCGCUGGAAGAUGGAGCAGAUCUUACAAAUGCUGUAUUUCUCUUCGCCAUGCCAGGAAGAGAGUUCGUCGUUAACGCUGGAAAAGGUAAUUGGGAGUUUUAUUUCUCCGAAAAAAACCCUAACAAGAUUACUGGUAAAUGCGUUCACAAGCCCUGGUUGACAUACGUUUGGGACAAAGUAUCAUCUGCUGUUCUCCGUUUUGGUGGUACACUGUUAUCCAUUGGAACAAGGUCCCUUAGAGCCUUACCGGGGUCUUUCUAGAGUGACCCUAUCUUAAAAGAUGUUACUAAAAAUUGGUUUACGUAGUAAUGUUGACGUUACAUUCACCUCUUCUUUUGCACGUCCAAUUUAUAUCAGAGUAAAAAAAAUUAACUUUUGACGUCAAAGAUAAGUAAAGAACCCUUCAAUAAGAUCUCUGCUUAUCCUCCGUAUAUGGUGAUUGUUAUGACAACCGAGUUCAAACAGCGCCUACUUAACCUAGUGUUCAAACCCUUUUUCCAUGUUUUCCUUCGCCAUUUUGAAUCGUUGUGCGGAUUACUGCUGUGCUUUUGGUCCCAGACUCCCGUUCCCCGUUCCUCGUUCCUAAUUUUAGUUCUCGUUUAAGUAACCUCCAUCUAAAGUGAUUAAAAGUCUCUUUAAAAGCGUUA